AUGGCCUCAGAAGAUAAUGAUAACAAUGCUCCAGACUCUUGGGAGCAAGAAUUGAAUAACUCAGAUGUGGAGCAGAUUAAUUCCACUCUAUCCAACUUGAACGUAAAUGCCGAAGUGUUCGUUCCUGGCCAGAAUGUACACGCUCCGGCAUUCGUACCAUCAUUUAUGAAAGACUCUGAAGAAAGUCCAGAAGAUGCAGAAAUGGAUGACAGCAAUGUCGCUGAUGACUGGGCUGACAAUGUGGAAGAAGAGGAGGAAGAAAAGGAGGAGGAAAAGGCUGACAAUGGUGCUGAGGCAAUGGAGGUUGAAAGUGCUCCCAUGAAACAAAAGCGGAAAAAGAAAGAUUCUGCAGCACCCAGUGUUAAAAAGGAACAUGUAAAUGUUAUAUUCAUUGGUCAUGUAGAUGCUGGGAAGUCAACAAUUGGUGGUCACAUUAUGUAUUUGACAGGAAUGGUUGAUAAAAGGACAUUAGAGAAAUAUGAAAAAGAAGCUAAAGAAAAAAAUAGAGAAACUUGGUAUCUAUCAUGGGCACUAGAUACUAACUUGGAAGAAAGAGAAAAAGGAAAAACUGUUGAAGUAGGCAGGGCUUACUUUGAAACUGAGAAAAAACAUUUUACUAUUCUUGAUGCUCCUGGCCAUAAAAGUUUUGUGCCAAAUAUGAUUGGUGGUGCCUCACAGGCAGACAUGGCAAUUCUUGUGAUUUCUGCUCGGAAAGGAGAAUUUGAAACGGGAUUUGAACGAGGUGGUCAAACAAGAGAACAUGCUAUGUUAGCCAAAACAGCUGGAGUGAAGCAUUUGGUUGUACUGAUAAAUAAAAUGGAUGACCCAACAGUAGAAUGGUCAGAAGUACGGUACAAUGAAUGCCGUGAUAAACUCCUUCCUUAUCUGAGAAAAUGUGGCUUUAAUCCAAAAACAGAUAUUUAUUUCAUGCCAGUCUCUGGGCUGACAGGCGCAUUCCUUAAAGAUGUAGUUCCAGAAGAUCAAUGUCCGUGGUUCAGAGGGCCAGCUCUAAUUCAAUAUUUGGAUGACAUGCCAUCUUUGAAUAGAGCAUCAGAUGGGCCAGUUAGAGUACCAGUAGUUGAUAGGUAUAAGGAUAUGGGAACAAUUGUUAUAGGUAAAGUUGAAUCUGGCAGUUUAACAAAAAAUCAGACGCUCUGUCUUAUGCCAAAUAAGGUUCCUGUUAAAAUUAUGCAAUUAUGGUCAGAUGAUAUUGAAACAGAUGCUGCAAGUGCAGGGGAAAAUGUAAAAAUUAAACUACAGGGAGUUGAAGAGGAGGAUGUUUCUCCAGGUUUUGUGAUAUGUUCCCCUGAGAAUGUCUGUCACACAGGCAAAACAUUCGAUGCUCAGAUUGUUAUUUUAGAACACAAAUCCAUUAUUUGUGCUGGGUAUAGUGCUAUUCUACAUAUCCAUGCAUGUGCAGAAGAAGUCACUAUCAAGCAUUUACUGUGCUUAAUUGACAAGAAGACUGGUGAGAAGACCCAAUUAAAGCCUCGAUUUAUUAAACAAGAUCAGGUUGGCCUUGCACGGAUACAAGUGAAUGGUGGAAUGAUCUGUUUGGAGUCUUUCAAGGAUUUCCCCCAGAUGGGACGUUUCACGCUUAGGGAUGAAGGAAAAACUAUUGCCAUAGGAAAGGUGUUGAAAGUGAUAAGAGAUUAA